AUGGAGUCAAGUCCAGUAAAAACUUCGCCACUCAAACAGUAUCCGCCCCACUCAAAUCAUCAAGGCCAUCCGCUCAAUGUGCAGCGCCGUGAUAUGUUUAGAUUCAUACGCUGGAAUUUUUGGUUUACCGCCAUGUAUCGUCUGCCACUCGAACGAUAUUUUCCAACUUGGCUCCGUCACGUGGCCAUCAUUUUAGAUUGGGCUUAUGAACUGUUUUUAUAUUUCACACUGCUACACAUCGACAUACUCUUUAUGUUCACUAUUUAUUUAAAUCAGGAAAAAGGUGACUUGGAGCUGAUAGUCAGUUGUAUGAUACAGACUGUUAUCUAUACGUGGGCGUUGGUCAUAAAAGUUUUCUUCAAGCGCAUACAAUCUAAACGUUUACAAAAUUUAAUGGAAUAUCUCAAUAAUGAGUCUCAAAUGCACUCAGCCGCUGGAUUCACCUAUGUCACAAUGGACGACACCGCCGCGCUGUCAAAUACAUGGAUUACUGUAUUUUUGAUUUGCUGUUAUGCUGGCGUCACAUUUUGGCUAGUUGUUCCAAUCUUAAAUAGAGAUCACAGUUUGCCACUAGCCUGCUGGUAUCCAAUCGAUUACAAGGUUCCAUAUAUUUAUGAAAUUGUUUACUUACUCCAAAUUAUUGGGCAACUACAAAUCGCUGGUGCUUUUGGCUGUACAAGCGCCUUCUAUCUGCUAGUUUCUGUGCUAAUAUCCGGUCAGUUCGAUAUCCUCAACUGCAGUCUCAAGAAUAUAUUAGCCACCACAUAUCUGUAUUUAGGAAAAUCCAAGGCAAAGCUUAUAGAACUGCGCGAAGCACAGCAAAUCGCCAACUGUGAGCUCAAUCAAUAUUAUAGCGCUAAAGAAUAUAUCACCGAUCUAGAUUGCCUUCCACAUUUGAUGGAUGUGAGAACUAUGAAACCCAAAAAUUUCCACGCCGCUUUCAAAAUGGCUUUCGUACCCUGUAUAAUGCAUCAUCGCUAUAUACUUGUCGGACUUCAUGAAUUGGAGAAGCUGUACAGCUUCGUUUGGUUCCUCAAAACAUUAGAAGUAACACUGCUGAUUUGCUUAGUCGCAUUUGCUUGGGUCAAGCGUAGCCCUUGGUACUUACAUUCUCGUGAGAUAAAAAACGAUGCUUUGUUUUUCAUACUGAAUGCUCAGCGACCAUUUCGAUUGACCGGCGGGAAGAUGUAUAACUUGAAUGUGGAAAAAUUUCGCAGCAUUUUAACUACUUCCUUUUCGAUUUUGACUAUUCUGCAAAAAAUGGAUCAGAGAGAAGCACAGUCAAAAUAA